AUGUCUAAGUCCAUCGUCAAUACCAAACCCUACCCUUUCCACUUCGAGGCAAGCGAGUUUCCCGCCAUCAAGCCCAAUGGAAAAGGAGUGACGGUAGACUACACCAACUGUCGGGGUGCAAGGCCCUCCCUGCAAGCUUCCAAGCUCAGGGCCAUGGUGCAAGAGGCGCACAGCGAUCCCUCCAAAAUUCUCGCCAAUGUGUGCAGCUACGACGCCUUGAGCUCCCGCUUAUGCGAGGAGGCUGGGUUUCCUGUUGUCUUUCUGGCCGGGUACCCUAUGGCGUCUGCAUUUGGACUGCCUGAUACAGGGUACAUUGCUUUUGGAGAGGUUGUCAACAAGAUUCAAGAGGUUUCUAGGGAGGUCAAUGUUCCUAUUCUGGUAGAUGGCGAUACUGGGUAUGGAAGCCCAAUGAAUGUUCGCCGAACUGUGCAAGGAUUUGCACAGGCUGGAGCUGCUGGGAUCAUGCUCGAGGACCAAUCGUGGCCAAAGCGCUGUGGCCACACUGCUGGCAAAAGCGUAGUGUCCCGAAGUGAAGCUUACGCUCGCUGGCAAGCUGCUGUCGACGCUAGGAACGAAGGCCUGGACAUCUGGAUCCUCGCUCGUACGGACAGUCUGAUUCACGGUUACGACGAGGCACUUACCAGGGCACGCAAAGCCAUCGAGAUCGGAGUUGAUGCUGUUUUCGUUGAAGCCCUUCCUGAUUGUGAGUCCAUGGAACGUCUUCGUAAAGACCUCGACUUCCCUCUCGUCGCCAACAUCAUUGAGGGCGGCAAAACGCAGAAUCUCUCAGCAAAGGACCUUGCGGAGCUUGGCUACAGCAUUGUCUGUUAUCCUUGGACUCUUGUCGCUGCUAAGCUGAAGAGCAUAAGGGAGACACUAGAGAAUAUCAAGGGCUCUAUGACGGUUGGGAAGCCUCCUGUUGUUCUUUCGUAUGACGAGGUUUGUGAGGGUGUUGGCUUUAAUAAGUACUAUCAGAUUGAGGAGAAAUAUCAAUAUGAGGGAAGGGCUAAUGGAGCGAACGGUCACCAGUGGAAGGAUUAG